AAAGUAGUAAGAGAGACCAAAUGUCUUCUGAAAUAAACCAGUUGCGAUCGACUGAAUGACUUGAGAAGUGAGAAUAAUGACCCGAAUGAUCUCUAACGUCCAGAGACGACAUCAACUACAUUACCCACAAAUCAAUGGACUAUGACGUCACGUAUUUCUGUCCAAUGACCGCGUCUCCAGUCACGUGACCAGCAGCGCAGCAGAUUUGAAUUGUUAUGUGUUGUCGCGUCCAGACUUUUGAAUGCGUGACUGAUCCAAAAAAAAAAAGAGUUUUGAUUGCAGCCGUCGAAAGAAAAGGUUAGUUUUUCCCGAGCUUAUUAAAACAUCUUGUACUCGAGUCCACGAGUCAAUAAAAGCUUUCGCCUGGAGGCUAAGCUAGCAUGUGUAAUAGUGACAGUGCUAGCCUAGCUUAGCUUAGCUUAGCCUGCACUUUACAACAGUUUAAUUUGCAUUAACUAUUAAUUGUCAAAUAUUUAAAGUCCCGUCGAGCUAAUAGUUUCAUGUCCCGCAGAGGAGAAACUGCAGCGAGAUGGAACUUGGGGCUAACAGCGAUGUCAUUUCUCUGCUGGACGAGAAGUUCGAUUUCGAUGUUUCUCUGUCGCCUGAAAGCUCCAAGGGUGAAGACGCGGAUGACGUGUUCCUGGAACCGUGCGUCAAUGGCGUCACGUGUGCACCCGUGAAACCGUUCCCCCGCCUCGAGGAGAUCGCUGCUGACGUGCGGACGAGCUGGAGCCCGCUCUCCGGGGACCAGCUGGACGCCGUGUGCCUCGAAGCUCAAAGACUGGCCGACCGGCUUCAGAAAGGUUCCGGACCCCCGGACGGCGAACGCUUCGUCCGGGACGUCGCGGCCAAAUUGGGCGCGCUCGCUCAGCACCCCGGCAUGUGUACGCCGGUGAAGCGGCACACCUUCCUGGUGCAGGACAGUCCCAUAAAGGACCUGCCCCCCGCCAUCCAGCGCCGCCUGCAGAGAGGAAGCGGCGCCGCUCGCUCCUCCCGCCUGGCGUCCUCGUCCAACAGACUCGGAUCCUCCAGCCCGGUCGGUGCCGCCAACACCAAGAUGGCGCUCCGUGGCAAAGCCGUGCUGGGCGCGGUUCUUCCCAGCAAGCCGUCGGCGCCCAAGACUUCCUGUGCGGCGGAGCGAAGUCGACUGCAUCUCUCCAGCAAGGUGGCAGCGCCUCGGAAGGUGAGUCCGAGUCCUGGUCUUGCCAGCCGGGCGCAGUCCUGCGAGGAUCUGCUGUCGGACUGGGCGAGCGUGGCCUCGGAUGUCAGCGACUCCUCGCUCAACUCCAGCGCGGUGGGGAAGCGAACACUGGCCCCGCCCACAAAGGUCGUGAGGAAGCAGCAAGCUCCGCCCCCUCCCGGCAGGAGGCUGACGGAGAGAAGGAAGACGUCCUCGUCCUCGUCCUCCGUGUCCAGCGUCAACUCCAGCAUGUCCUUGUCGCCGGGCAAAGGUAAGCCCAACCCCUCGCUGGGCCGCAGCCUCAGCGCCUCCACCGCCAACGUCGGCCGGCCCGCCAACCGAAGCACGCGUCGCUCGGGCCUCGCCGUCCUAGCAGACCCUCCAUCUUGCGCCCGCAGCCGCCGCACGCUGUCCGGUCAGACGGGCGCCAGGUCCACGCCGCAGAAGAGGGCUGAGGCCACGCCCCUACAGCCGCCGUCCUCCCACAGGACCUCGGAGAAGGCCACGCCCGUCCCCCCUGGGGCCGCCACCCCAGCUCGGGUUCAGAGUGGCCCCAGAGCCAAGCUUCCGGCUUUGGCCCCGCCCACUCCCUGCCGAGUGGCGAGUGUGGCCGGUGUGUCCCAGGUGCUGAAAGCAAAGCGGCUGCUGUCCUUGGCCGGCAUGGACAGUCUGCCUCAAAAGGCGCCGGCGGGCCCCUUCACCCCCCCCAGGUCUCUGCCGCGUCCCUCCGGCCUGCCCACCCCGCUCAAGCGCAGGAUGUCCGCCAUCCCUACGGCCACGCCCACCAACCAAGCCAGGGCCGCCAGACGGCCGGCCGACGCCGACAUCCCCCCCAGGAGCGGCCACAGCCCCGCCCCCGCUGACCCUAUCAGGACAUGGCCUGUAUUCUCUCUGGAGGAGGCGGAGCCUAUCUCUGUCCCGCCCCCUGCUGAACCAAGCCCCGACCAAUCGGAGAGCCCAGAGACUCCAAGCCAAUCAGAGCCCGGGAAAGACCUCAUCGACCUGGAGGCCCACAAGCUGAUACCAGAGGUCCUCCUCCUCGACCUCCCCGCCCCGACUCCGCAGCCUCACGAGAAACUGCUCAUCGACCUGAGGAACACACCUGACCUCAUCAGGACCAGCAGCAAGGGCGGGGCCUCCGCGCAGCUGAUCGACUUGACUUCUCCGCUCAUCAAGUGGAGUCCAGAAGACAAGAAGGAGAACAACGCUCCGCUCAUCAACUUGUCCUUCUGAGCGCCACUCUGGCCACGCCCCCUUUGUCAACUGUCAAAAACAUGGAAUUGUUUGUUGUCUUGCUGCUCUUUUUACUCCUUCUUGUCCAAAUAAAUGUUCAACAUUUAA